AUGGUCACAGUGGAUACGGGUAGGUAUCUGCCCGUCUAUGGAGUUUCAGGGUCGACAACCGCACCAUUCCAAUCACCGAGAGGAGAAGAGGACGGUAUCAAGGAACUUCGCGGCGGCUUACAUCAUGGCGAUGCACAUAGAGAUUCUUUACCGUCAAUAGGACAGCUGGAUUUAGAAACCGCCAGCAAGGACCGUCAACACAACAGUGCACAAUUCCCAUCCGCAACGGCAGGAUUGUCUGUUUCCAGUUUGACAAUGGCCAAUCAUCCAGGUCAUGCCCCUUUUGGCUAUAUGACAUCUGCAACACCUAGAUCGACUCUAGGCGGAUCCGCAGAGGCCUCUCCUGGAGACAUCAGGUAUCCCGGAGACGAAAAUAAGGAACAGAAAACCUCCAGCGAGCCUCAGCAUACCGUUCAACGACAGUCUCUCCCUUCUAUACACGAGGCAUUAGGCAGCCACACUCUGCCCUAUCCUCCUCACCCAUCUUCAUCUUCCUCUAACCCAGGACACCCACCUGUAUCGAUUUCUAUCCCGCCGACUGCUGUUGCUCGUGUGGGUGCAGAUGUGCCUUCUGGUCCUCCCAAUCCGUUUUCAAUCUCAUCAUUAUUUUCAAGGGAUAACCCAUUCAAUGCACAUUCGAGUGUCCCCGGCAUACCUCCCCGUCCCGAAGGACAGCGAGCGAGCUUUGCUUCAACCCACUCGCAGGAAUCUCACAAUCGAUCAGUCCCAUCCUUAAGCUCUGGGAAAUCGCCAACCCAAAGUUGUAAAACAGGGACACCUUCGCUUACAAACUCGCAAUCUUCCACUUACGAAUUCAGCGCAUCACCUUCUGCGGCGCUGAUGUCUUCGCACCCUUCGUAUGCACCAUACCCACAACAAGCACCGUAUAGCGGCCCAGGUCCUAACACUCCACCUUCGAUGCAGUACCCUCCUGGACCUUAUGAAACACGACCAGGCUUGGUUCACCCUUGGAACCAAAACGGUAUCGAUAAGGCCCGCAUGGAUCAACAAGGGGGCAUCAGGGCAAGUAAUGGCACCGCCGCCCCUCACAGCGAAACUGUUAAACGACAGCUUGAUGUAUAUGAUGUGGAAUCGUCUUAUCAUGAGAUUAUUGAAGCUGGUAGCAGAGUAGUUGAGUUUGCUAGACAUUUUGGUGCCAAAGCCCACCAAAGUAAUCGGUCUGGGCCUGUUGUAGGGUUGAUACCGCAAUUAUCGGAGAUCGAUGAUAUUGCACAGACGAUUCGCCGAACAUCUGACGCCUUGGCUAGGAUUCGAGGGCUGGCUGUUGAACAGGCGUUAGCGGAUCAGCAGGUGGAGCAACGAGCUCAGCGACAAGCUUACAAAGCUAACGGCGCGCGUAAUGAGGAACAAGCAACUCCGUAUCGGGAAGAUUACAAAAGUGGUGGUGGAUUUGCAGGCGGUGAUACCAAGAAGCGCCGAGGGAAGGCGGCCCCACCUGGCCGAUGCCAUAGCUGUAAUCGAGCAGAAACUCCUGAGUGGAGGCGAGGACCGGAUGGCGCUCGAACUCUCUGCAACGCCUGUGGCCUUCAUUACGCAAAACUAACUCGGAAAGCUGGCAAUAAUAAACAUUCCUCGCUGGGACCAAAUAUCAGACCUAAAAACAGCGCUGAAUCUCGAUCUCCAACACGUUCUUAACUGCCGAUAUACCGUUACGUUCGCCUUCCUAAUGUGUACUGUUAGUACCCAAUGGAGUUAGGUAUUGGGAUUUCAUCGUUUUCGUUCUCAAAAAAGCUGUGAUAUAUCCAACUGGGUAGAACAGAUUGGCGUUCUUUUUUUUUUUUUUUUUUCUCUGCUAUCUCCUCGUUCUAUUUUCUGGCUACAUCCGCUUCUAUUUUCCAUUUGGUCGACGCCAAAUUGUUGUUCCUCUUGUUCCUUUAUUUUUCUUCACAAGCUUUCUAUUCUUUCUUUGUUUAUAAUAUCCUUGGGUCGGUCUAUUGCCUGGUCGCGAGAACGCCAGCUUCCCUUUUUUUUAUUUUUUAAACUUUUCGGGGGUUCCGGAUAUUCCUGUCGAAGGGGCAAUGGGGGUGGGUUCAACAACGUUGCUUUUUCUGCUCUUGCAGGUCACCGUUUCAUCGGAUAGGCUUCAUACUUUUGUGUUAAAGGGUUGGACAUUGUAUUGGCAGAUAACCCAGGUGGAGUGGGCAACAAGAUAACAUUACAAUUGUCAAUUAAUAACAUCUAUGGUUCUUUUGGGG